AUGUACAUGCCGGUGCCCUCUCCCCUCGCGUUAUAUAUUCAAUCCCGUGGAUUCAGUCGCCGCGCGUGUGAACCCUAUCUAAAGGUAAAUACUGCGCGAAAAGCCAUUCGCGUGCGAGUGAUGGACACUACAAGAGCUGAUCCCCUAGGCGUGGAUGAUAUCACGUGUCGUACGCAUCCCGAAGCGAUGGACAAAAUAAAGUUAGCGAAAGUGACUAAAGUGUUGGGCCGUACGGGCAGUCAGGGCCAGUGUACGCAAGUGAGGGUCGAGUUCCUGGAUGACAAUCGGUCCAUCAUUCGCAACGUGAAGGGACCCGUCCGCGAGGGAGACAUUCUCACGCUUCUCGAGUCCGAGAGAGAGGCCAGAAGAUUGCGGUGAAGACCUGGAUGGGAUGUCGUUGAGAUGGGAUAUGAUAUUACCAUGGCUUGUAUGGCAAGCGUGUCACUAAUUGUAUUGAUUUAAUGUUUCAAUAAAAUGCGAUAACUUUUUGUCAAUUGAUAUGAA